AAAACAGCAACCUAAACAUGCCUGCUCACAUCAAAUUUAACAAGAAUGGUACCAAGACAUUGAAGGAUGCCAGUGGUAACGUCUCAACACUUGAUGCUUCUGAAAAUGUUCAACUCAGAAAGAAGCAAUCUGUUGAAACUAUCGUGCUUCCAGUCACUGAAGAUGCCGAAGGUAAUGCUGUUGCUUCUAAAAUGAAAUUUGAAGAAGUCGAAGGAAUUCAUCCACAAUUAUUAAAAUCUUUAAAGAAGGAGUUCGGAUUUGAAUACAUGACUGCUAUCCAACAUUUAACAAUUCCAAAUGCUCUCGGAGAAAAGGGUAAGGGAAAGGAUAUUAUUGCUCAAGCAGCUACAGGUCAAGGUAAAACUCUUGCCUUCUUGGUUCCAUCAUUGUCCUGUAUGAUGGAAAAUGAAAAGAAUGUUCAUGGUAUUUAUAUUAUGGUUUUGGCUCCAACAAGAGAAUUGGCUUUGCAAAUUCAAACUGUUGCUGACAAGUUGUUAAAACAUACUAAUUAUAAGGCUGCUUGUGUUAUCGGAGGUAACAAGGUUUCUGUUGAACAAGCUCAAUUAGCUGAUCCAACUGUUAGAGUUUUAAUUGCCUCACCAGGUAAAUGUUUGGAUCACAUUCAAAGAGAAAGUCUUGAUUGCACUCAUCUUAAAUUCUUUAUUUUGGAUGAAGCUGAUCGUUUGUUGGAUUCUGGUUUUGAAGAAACUUUGAAAAAGAUUGUUAUGCAAUUACCAAAACAACGUCAAACCUAUCUCUUCUCUGCCACAAUGACUGAUAAGGUUGAUGAUUUGGCUCAUAUUUCUUUAAAGAAUGAUAUUAUGAAACUUGGUCUUGAUAAUGGAGGUUCAAAGAGAGUUUCUACUUUGGAACAAAGAUAUUAUGAAGUUCCAAAUGAUAAAAAGAUGGCUGCUCUCGUUUCAGUUUUGAGAAAUAAUGUAGAUAAGAAGAUUAUUACUUUCGUCAGUACAAAAUUGUCAGUAGAAUUUGCAACAACUGUUUUACAAAAUGCAUCAGGAGUUGGAAAUGUUGUUCAAUUGAGCGGAAAUAUGACACAAGAAAAGAGAAGUGAAAUUUUCUUCCAAUUUAUGGAAGAUAGAAAUCCUGGUAUUUUGGUUGCUACUAACGUUGCUGCCAGAGGUCUCGAUUUCCCUAAUGUCGAUUUGAUUGUUCAAUUUGAUAUUCCAGAACAACCUGCCGAUUAUUUCCACAGAGCAGGUAGAACUGCUAGAGCUGGUAAGAAGGGUCUCUCAGUUCUCUUCUUGACUCCAAGAGAAAAGGAAGUUGCUCUCCAAUACUUUAACAUGAUGUUGAAUAGUGAUAAGGAAGAUGAAAAAGAUUGGGAAAAGCUUGGUGAACUUGAUAAUAAGGUUACUGAUAGAGAAUUGGAUGAAAUUCAAAGAGAAGUUUGUUCAAUUGUCCAAAAUAAUCAAUUGAAUAGAGAUGCUUUCAAACUUGUUAAUACUUAUGGUAGUGUUUUCAAUAUGUUUGCUAGAAAGUUGGGUUUCAAGAUGAAUGAUUUUGAUGAAGAAGGUUUGAAAUCAUCAUUUGGUUUGAAGAGCAGAGGUGGCUUCCAAAAUAAUAAUAAUGGAGGUGGUUUCAAGAAGAACUUUGACAAGUACAAUGACAACAAACCAUCAUUCAAUAACGAUAAGAAAUUCAACAGAUUUAAUAAGGAAGAAGAAACUCCACAAGCAGAAGAAUCGAAUCAAGAAGAAUCCACUGAAGAUGCCAAUCCAAAGAAGAGAGGCUUGAUGGAAUUCUUAGAUGCCAAUACUGAAAAGGAUGACUUUAGAGGAGGUCGUGGUGGUAGAGGUGGAAGAGGCGGAAGAGGUGGCUUCAGAGGAGGUCGUGGUGGUAGAGGUGGUGGCCGUGGUGGUUACAAUAAUAACUGGAAUAAUGAUAAUAACAAUGGUGGAUCAUCGUCAUGGAAUAAUGAUAACAAUGGUGGUGAAAGCAAACCAUUUGUUAAAAAGCAUAAGAAAUUCUAAGUUUAUUGUAUAAUUUUGAUCAUUCCUUAAUCCAAUCUCCUUCCCAAUUUACCAAAAAAACAAACUAAAUUAAAUCUAAAUUAAUCUUAUUCAA